UACAAUCUUAGGAAGCAUAAUACAAACGAUAUUUAGAAAUAUCUAAUUAUUUACAAGACACAAAACAAUGGAACAGAAUAAUUUUAGUCAUAGUAUAGCGGCUGUUCUUUUCCCUGGACUUGUUAAAAACGAAGACAAAGCUAUUGAAUGUUUGGGUGGUAUAAGACAAUUGUCUCAGGCUUACACAGAGUUAAACAAAAAACGUCUUGGUCUAUCAUAUCAGCCACAAAAUAAACUAGCAAAGAAAAUUUAUGGCGACUGCGUCAAUACUGCUGGUGUGCUCCUGAAAGUUAAAGUAAAAAAAACCAUAAAUGGCAGUGAAGUGAAAAGGGAGGUAAUUUCGACCACCCCACUAGGACAAGUCAGGAAAAUAUAUAAAUUUGAAUCUUUGUGUGAUUUUCAAUAUUUGCCUGUGAGCAAAGAAGGUGCAGGCUCUGCUCCUCCGCAGUGUAUAUUAGAACAAAUCAUGCCUUCUGGAGUUGAUACUCUACAAUUUUUAACGGAACCAGGACCACAGUUCAUAAUACCAUCAAGUUUCUCGAGAUUUGACAAACCUUUAAAUCUCGAUUAUAUUGAGAAGAAGAGCAUUCUAGAAAAGAACACAUCACUUGGUCAAGAUGAUGAUAUACACAGAAAAAGAAGACUGGAGCGAGGUGGACAACCAACAGGAUUGAAAUUCAGCUUAACUGAAGAAUUUCCUAAAGAACCACAUGAGUACCAUUUAAAUCAAAAGAGUGAGAGGAUGUCUGUUUACCCAGAACUUCAGAGAGAUUAUGAAGCUGUAAAGAAGAUAUUUGAAGAAAGGCCGAUUUGUUCACAAAAUUACAUUAAAUACCACACUAAAAUAAAAUUAGUGUUAUUAAAAAUAAUAAUGCCAUGUUUGGCAUUUUAUAUGAUAGAUGGUCCAUGGAGAACUAUGUAUAUUAAAUUUGGAUAUGACCCUAGAAAGGAUCCAAGCUCUCGUAGAUACCAAACUUUGGAUUUCAGAGUGAGACACCAAGCUGGUUUGAGGUCUAUGGUAGUACAUUAUAAAAAGUCCGAAAGGAUACGUAACAAGAGGCGCAAGCAGCCGGAUGAGUCCUUUGGAACUGAAGAGAAUGUCCCCGAGGCUGUCAUAUAUUUUAGACCUGACACUAUGAUUUCACAACGACAAGUUUACUAUCAGAUAUGCGAUGUACAGCUGCCCGAAGUUCAGGAGAUAUUAGCUUUGGAGCCUCCAGUUGGAUUCGUGUGCCACGAAAAACGUGGCUGGCUUCCUCCGAACACGACCGAUGUCUGUCGCGAUCACAUGUCACGUUAUACCAAAGAAGCCCUGCUCUCUAACUUUACUGCUGACAUGAAGCUAGAGCACGCUUUAAGUGACGACGACUCCAACACAGAUGAAGAUAUGAAUUUAGGCGAUACAAAUGAAAUGGUUCACUAAAAUAAUAAUGAAAUAAAAACAAA